GGGAAGUGUAGAACGCCUGACAAAAUCUUGUUAUUGCUAUGCAUUUUCAUCAAUGGAUCCGUUCAAAAAGGAAUUCAAACGAUACAAACAACGUCAGCCUCCACCAGACCUAUCAGAAGUGAUCGAUUUUACUCAACCUGUUGGAGAACCCUUUAAGAAAUGGGUAACCUGAUAUUUUCGUAUCGAAAAAUUUUGCUAACGUAACUGUGACUUCCGUGUCAUCCAAAUUGAUUGGGUAUCCUUGUUUGUAUACAUUACGUUUGUUACCACUAAAACUCUAAGAGUGACCAGCAUCUAAUUUCUCCCUAAAAUAUCACUCCUGAAUCACACAUUAAGGUCAUGAAUAAAGGAAAUGGUCAUCAGGGAAGGAACCUUUUGAUUGGCAAACAAAUUCUCCUCGUCAGCACCUUAGCAAAUGUAAACAGAACAGUGUGGAGAAUAUGCAUGCUGAUGUAAGGGUGUAAAGGGUUAAAUAACUUUCAAAUUAGCCUAUUGAAAUGACUUAAUUAUAUUUUUUAACAGGUUACCACAACAGAAACACAUAUUUCAGAUGUAGCACGAACAUCUGACUUUGGAUUGCUUCCAAGUAACGAGUGGCGUGUUUAUGGAAUUCGUGACCAUCCAGGUAAGCUGAAUGAUUCUCAGUCUCGUCUCUUCUGAAUGGUUAAUGCAAAUGACUGGUGAACAUUUUGAAUUGACGCUGGUGAUUUAAUUCUAGAUAUACAGUCAGAUUGUCAACUGAAAAAAAAUCAAUAGAAAGAAAAACUCAUUUAAAACUGAUUAAUAACGGUAAUUGCACUGAGUGGAGUGCAAUUUGGGCUGAAAUCAUACACAUGAUUUCAAAAUCAAAUGAGCAUGCAGUGCAAGUUCAAUUUGAAAUCACAAGUAUUAUUUCAGACCAAAAUUGUAUGACACGAGGUUCAACUACCACUUUAUUACAUCCAUUUUGAAAUCACCUAAACAGGACUUGGUCAGUUCAAAUAUUUUAUUGAUGCAGUACUAAGCCAGUCUAAAAUUAAAUUCAUGUCAGUUUUUUGGGGGGGAAAGUAACAGUUUUGGAAACAAAAAUUACAAAAUUUGCCAUGAUACUCCUUGUCUUUCAUUUUCCUGCAAUUUGAUUGCUUACUUUAAACAAGCCUUAAAAUCUGAUUGGUUGUUUUGUUUUUAGUGUAACCUCCUCAUUGGCUGGGAAAAAGAUGUGAUUUAAAGCAAAAAAAGGUGCGAUUUGUGAAUAAAUCGCACCAAUUAGAGCCAAUCAGAUUACAGGGACCACUAGUGAUUUCAAAAUAGGUGUAAUAAAGUCAGUAAUCCAUGUCAAAUUUGCCAUCAUUAACCCUUUAAUCCCUAACAUCAGUAUGCAAAUUUUCCUUAUUGUACUCUUUACAUUUUAAGGUGCCUGCCACAAGAAUUUUCUCAACAAUCAUGAGUUUCUUCAAUUUGUUAUAAUUUCCUUAAUUCUGGUGUCCUUAAUACUUUAGUCAGAGUGAUAUUGUAAAGGAAAAUUAGAUGUUAGUCACUCUUAUGGGUCAAAGGGUUGACCAGAUUCUCUAAAAGUUUUUGCCAAUCCUUGCCCAUACAUUUUGUGUUUGUAUGCCAUAUAGAAAGUUAUAGUUUUGGGCUUUUUUUUUUUUCAAUUUAAAGGCAAUCUUAAGGAUGCUAGAAAUUACUUAAACAUCACAACAUCACAAUUUUUUUCAAUUCUGUUUUCCCUGUAGGUUUUAUUUUUAUUUUAAAUCCAUUCUUGCCUGGGGCACAGUGGCAGUGGAUUGAAAAAUGUAUCAAAGACUAUCCUUGUAAGCCAAAUUUGUGUAAUCUAGAUGCUCACAUGGAAAGAACAUGCACAAACACAAUCUGGGAUGAGAGCAGAUCUUUUGAAAGGUAAAAUGAGGCCUUGCCAUUAUAUUCAUUUUUGCCACAAGAAGUAGAGUGCACAUUAUGUACCAAAUAUCAAGAAAUACUUUUUUCUUUCAUUUUAUCUAGUUUCAAUUAAGUGAAACAAAUCCUAUAUCAAAAGGUACAGGUAAUUAUUCAUAAUUUUUGUGUUGCUUAUUUGCAGUUGUAUGAAGAAGAGUUUACUGUACAAACUCCGCUGGGUUACUCUAGGAUAUCAUUAUAACUGGGAUGAUAAGGUAUAUGAAUUAAGUAGGAUGACAUAGAAAGUGUUCCCAUCUGAAGUAACAAAGAAAGAUUCCUUCAGUUUUUGUGGAGAAUUUUAACAUAACUCAACUAUUAAUGAAAGCUAAUUUAAACUGAGACAUGGAAUUCAACAAUUUUGGAAGAUGUUGCUGCUUGCAAAACUUAUUGGAGAAUGACAAGGAGGAUUCAUUAAGUAAUAUUUUUACUUCCACUCAGUGACACUUAAGUUUUAUUGCAGACUUAUAACAAAAAAAGACAUACACCAUUUCCACCUGAUCUGGGACAGCUUAUGGAAUUCAUUGCCACAACUUUACAAUUUCCCAGGUAAAUUUCUCUGUUUUCUUAGGCACAGUUUUGUGUGUUAAAAAAAAUUGCUAAUUCACAUUAUCAACUGAUUGUGCCAGAAAUUGUCAUAAUGCCUUGAUUCCCAAAAUUUAAGGAAAGAAGUCAAGGUUUCUUUAAUGCUUCUUAAGUUUCAUUGAAUUUGACCUGACUUAAAAUAAAAGGAUGCUUUUUUUCUCAAUAGUUUUCUCUCUUUUCCAAUCAUUCGUGUCUACAAAACAUCAGUAGCUAUACAGCCUGCAUUUUGGAAUAUUUCAGCAAGUUUUUCAAAUUUCUUCAAGAACCACAAGUGUGACUUACAAAUGCCUAUUCUUAGUCAGUAAGAAAGCCUACAUAAAUAGGCGUGUGAAUAUUAAAGCAGUAAUAGAAUUCAAGGGAAAGAUUAGGUGUUAUGGAACCUUUUUUUUGUUAUAAGCUUCAAGCCUGAGGCUGGAAUAAUCAACUACUAUCAUCUGGAUUCAACACUGUCUGGACAUACAGAUCAUUCUGAGUUUGACCUCACAGCUCCUCUGUUCUCUUUGAGGUACGUUAUGUAGAAGGGUAAGCUUAGAUAGGGCAUAGUUGGGUUUGUAGCAAUUUGCAAAAAAAUCCAACUGACUUUCACUCACCAUCUCUUUUUACUUUUUUCACUGACCAAGACCAUGGCUUAGACUAAGUGUCCUUUAUGAAACACUUUGAACCUGGAGUUAUAGAACUUUUGACAAAAAUAGGGGAAUCAGAACUCUUGCUAAAAUGGUUUGUAAGAAAAAGUGAUGAACUUUUGAUAGCCUGUCUGUUUUUUAAGGAAUGAAAAUGGUGUGUUUAAAAUAUAAUUAUGCGGUUGUACCAUGAGGAAUAGUAAACAUGAAUUGAAGAAAAAUUAAUCAAAUCAUGGCUGCGUUGUCAAAAAUAAAAAAAAUCAACUGUUAUCAUUAUUGUAAUCAUUAUUAUUACUAUUAUUAUUAGUAAUAGAAGUAGUAGUGGUAGUAUUUAAAUUUCUCUUUCUGCAGCUUUGGACAAACAGCAAUCUUUCUUCUUGGCGGGAAAACGAGGGAGCAGGUGCCACUCGCGAUGUACUUGCGCAGCGGAGAUAUUAUGAUUAUGGCGAGAAACUCACGACUGGCUUACCACGCUGUACCGCGGAUUCUUUCAUCACCAACACACGCAGGCGCACAAAGCUUGCCACUGUGCUUAAUGAAAGAUAAAGAUAAACCAAGCGAGAAUUGCAGCGAGAAGGAUGAUGUUAUUCUUGAACACUACCUUACUUCUUCGAGGAUAAAUUUCAACGUAAGACAGGUUUUAGCACCAGGAAAGGAAUUUCCAGAUGAGGGUCUCGAGGAAGAGUGACGAUUGCGGACGAUUUGCCCCAUUCAAAGAGCAGGUUUUGAAAUGAAACCAUUCUACUAGGAAGAGGGCAGUAUCAAGUACUCCACCUCUUGACGUGAUUCGAGCCAUCGUCGUCAACUUACAGCGCCAAAUACGUCGUCUUUUUCGAUGCGCGAGACCUGCUUGGUGUGAAUGAGAGAGUUAAGAAUUAACCUCGAGAAAUUACAUACAUAUACACAUGUUGCUUCCCUUCACGUCUUUCGCGUGAUGUGUGACGUCACAAACGCCUAUGGGUCACGUACUGAACGCGCAUGAAGCAAUCAACUUGUCACGCAUUGUCGGUGGCGACUAAAUUUUUUGGGUGAUUGGAAAAUCGGAAAGAGGUGAAGAAAAAGCCAUCGACUUGCCACAGUGGCUUGCCUCAGCCAGGUAAGGUGUGAAUCUGCUGGGAAGUAGUCCUUUGGUCAAUUUACACUCAGCUGAAAAUAUGGGAACUGCUCUGCUCUAAUUGGAAUUAUAUUUGUAAACAAUAUGUGUCAAUUUAACGUAAUAUUAAAUGGGACAUUCUUAAUGAAGAUUGUGGAGUUAUAUUUUCCAUCAGCGUUUAAGCUAUGGAAAGAAGGCUGCUCAUCUUAUUUUUGAGUGCUUUAAUUUUGUUCGAUGUGACGGCUACUUUUCCUCUUUUCCGUGGCCUUCGCGAGGAACAUGAGCCGCAACCUGAAGCUGAACUUAAAAAAUCUAGUGGUGUUAUUAUGGCUGAAACUCGUUUGAAGAUAAAGACAGAUUUCUCAAGAAAUGCGCUUGAUCUUAACAGCGAGAUUCACAGGCAUCGCGAGCAUGGGCGUGGGUCGUCAUUACAUGCGCGUUUAGCUUCAAGGGAUGAGAGUAAAGCUCAAAGAAAGAAGAGAUCAAAAUUCAUAGCGCUUUCAAUCUUCGGUGGAUGUGUGGCUUUCAUGUCGCUGUCGUUUGCCAUAAUGUGCUGUGUGCAACGCGUUAAGGCUUCGGCGAAGCAAGUGAAGGAAGCGACGCACGUGGACGUGCGCCCGCGGCAAGAGGCUGACCUCCCAGGGCAGGUCAGUAAGAUUGAUGAUGAUGCAGUACAUAUCGACGUGGGGCAGUAUUAGUGUUGUUCGAUUGGACAAAUCGAGUCUUUAUAUGCAAGUCAUAGCUAACCAAAGCAAAGAACCGUGUACCUGUCUUCGAAUAUUUUAUUCUUGUCUCUCAGAGUACAAUAGCUAUAUUUUGAACCGUAUAAACAGUAUUCUGAGGAACCUAGACUGUCUUUGUGCUGGGCUAAAAUAUUUCAAGGCAGCCGAUCGUACAGAAGAUCUAGCUCGCGAAGCAGUGUAUUUUAAAAUUACAACCG